AUAUAUACAGAUGUAACUUGAACUUUGGCUUCCAAACUCUGGAAUGUCCAGUUUAAAAAAGAAAUUGGCAAAAGUCAUGAAGGGAAAGUAGCUUCCGCUGUGCUCCAUCAACUCUCACGGUUUCACGGCUUACCUGUUCCGUCCUCUUUGUCGAUCGUCCUCCCAUCUUCUCCUGCAAAGUCGAAAACCCUGAUUUUACUAAAAUAUCUGCAACUUUUGCCCCCUUUUGAUCCUGCUCAGCUAUGGCGAUGACCGUUGAAGAUGCAGUGCUUGCAGGGCUUGCUUUUAUGUUCUCAGCUAGCAUAUUGUUACAGAUCCUGGCUUGUGCAAUAUACAGUAACUGGUGGCCAUUGUUAUCAGCUCUUAUGUAUGUUCUAGUGCCCAUGCCUUGUAUGUUCUUUGGUGGUGGGACUACUCAGUUCUUAACUAGUCGUGACGGUGGAGGAUGGAUAGAUGCUGCAAAGUUCUUAACAGGGGCAUCAGCAGUGGGGAGCCUAGCCAUUCCAAUCAUUCUCAGGCAUGCGAAUCUGAUUGGAACCGGAGCUAUGUUCAUUGAAUUUACUUCUUUCUUCAUAUUUGUGUGCACUGUUUUGUGUUUCCACCGUGCUAGUCUUGAAGAUGAAUGGUGAUGGUAAUGACGCAAUAGUCUUGUAAGUUUGCAUGUUGAUCGCUUGCAGGUGCUCUAACAGACAAAUGAAGAAUAACAUUCGGAAUGAAGUGGAGAAUGUUUUCCCAUGUAUAUAGCUAGAACACAAGUUCUUUUCUGAAUCUUCAUAAUUUAUUAGGUUCCCUCUUCCACAAGUUGUGAUAUGAAUUUUAUAACGGGAUUAGAUAUUAUUGCUAAGAGAUCAGUAAGACCUGUUACAAACACGUGCAGACAUAAUCACAUAAGAAUUGUGUAUUUGUUGCAUGUA